AUGAAUAAGGGAAAUUUGUUCAAGGACGAGACGGAGAAAGCCAUCGUCCACUUCAUCGUGUACCUCAUAGGCGUUCUGCUCGUACUGUGCGUGUACUACAACUAUAUAAUACUGAAGUACUACUUUUAUUCCCUCUUUUGGGCUUUUAUUGUUUCUAUCCCCUUGCACCAUGUGAAGGUGAAGCUGUCCGAGGUGCUGCGGAAGCGAUUUCUGCGGAAGAAAAGGAAGGAAAAGGGGGGCAGUUCCCAUAAGAGGGAGAGUGACGAAGUGAGCGAUACAGAAGUGACUGAAGGGGUGGGUGAUUCCCCCGGGGAGGCACAGCAGCCACUACAACAACUUCACCCUCGGCAACCGCGGGGUGGACGCAAUCAGGUUGAGGCGUGCACACAGGGAGGCACCGUGAAGAAGUAUGCAAAGUGUAGGCAACCCGAAAAUUUUGAUAAGACAAAAAAGAGGACUGACUUGAUCACCCAGGGAAACGCAUCCAAUAAGCAUAAAAAAAAGUUACAUAAACUUUUAAAAAACGUGAAAAAGGAAUUAGACAUUUAUGUGUACCUGUUCUUUCUGAUAAUUAAGCCCAUAUACAAAGGAGGAGAAAAAGGAGAGAAGAAGGAAAACUUCACUAACCACUUGGAAAAUUAUGAACACAGGAAUGCCAGUCAAAUAUACUUCCUCAUCCUACACAGAUUGAUCCUGUUCUACAUUUUACGAGAAAUUUUUUUCAAAUACAAGGAGUUUUUACUAACCAUUGGGGCUUUUAUUUAUUUUAUUUUUUUUUUCUAUAAAAUUGUUAAGGCUAUAUGUAUUGCCUAUUUUUAUUCCAUGAGUAGAAAGUACUACACGAAAUGGAGUCGUCACUUUUCUUUCGAUUACGUCUACUUCUACAGGCACUACAUGAAUGACCUCUUGACUGUCCUCAUCAUUAUUUUUGCCAUAAUUAUUUUUUCCGCCAUUUCUAUUUUAUUCAUUGUUAAUAUUUAUGGGGAAUCUCUCUACAUUAUUAACUCGAUAAAUGGAUACCUCUCCGCCAACUUCCGUAAUACCGCCAUUUUUAAGAAUUUUCGAAAAUUCUACCACAAGCCGGGAAAGGGAGACAUAGAAGAUUUGUACGAGCUAAUUAACCUGAACAAAGUGCCCUUCCUCAGCAACAAAACGUUGGCGUCCAUUUCUGGGCACCUAAAAAGAGCAUUCGAUAUAUAUCAGCAUAUGUAUGCACACACCUUUUUAAAGAACGCCACGGGACAUAUAAACGCCUGCUGUUUGCCGCUACUUUUGGGAAGACUUGCCCUCCUCGUGGCAGGACCAGAUUUGUCCAGCAUUAAGAGGCACAUUCUUCAUUUGUUGGGAGAGAAAAAGGACAAAAAAUUAUAUUUACCGAAAAUUGGGGAAGAGUGCUCUGUGGAGGCCUGUCUAAAUGAGGUUGACGAUUCUCGCACUUCCUCCUUCAGCUUCAAAAAAUUGCUGCGUUCCCUGUCACAGUACAUUUUUUUAUUUUCCAGUCGGACGCGGGGUGGUACGGAUGAGGGGGGCUCCACGUCGGUUUACUACGCAGGGGAUGGUAAAGGCCAUGGUGCUGCAGGAAGUGACGUUUUUAAGACCAUAUUUGGGAUAUUCCAGGGGGGGAGUUCCGAAGCCAAUCAGCGGAGCAGCGCCGAGGGGGGGGAAUACUGCAAGGGGGGUGAAACCAAUCAGGGUGACCCCAAAGCGGAUGGAGGGAGUAACCCACAAGGUGAACAGAAUAAUACCCAAUCCGGCGGGUGGAGUAAUCCACAAGGCGAACAGAACAACACACAACCGGACGGAUGGAGUAACCCAACCCAGAACGCCACCGAGCUGUACGACCACCAGAAGGAAAAAAACUUCAAAUUCAAGGAAUUCAUUGGCUACCUGAACAACCUGUUCUCCUCCAUAAAAAAAAUCGAAGACGUGGGAAAACUCACAAAGCACUUAAUAUUUAACAACAGUUAUGGGCUCAUAAAAAUAAUGUUUUUUUUCCUCUUCAUUUUUUUUAAUUUUUUUAUGUACACAUUUGAUGCGAUUAUCCAAGGGAUUAUUUUCUUCACAGCUUUGUACUAUUUAAUUUCUUCGAGAAAAUCUGCCCUGAGUUAUGUGAACGAUAUUUUACUAGUGGUGGAUCCCUCGAGCAUAUUCUUCUAUAACAUUACGAUGAAUUUGAAGGCCAUCAUUAAAUGCACCUUAAAGAGGGUGUACUUUUACACUCUAUACAUUUGGCUAGUCUUUUCCUUUUUUGAGUUUCCAAUAAUUUAUGUGCCAACAUUAGGGUGCAUUAUCCUAUCGCUCAUUCCGAUCAUAUCCCCCGAAAUCGUAAUUCUUGUGAUUGUUGUCCACCUUUGGAUUAUCCAGAAGAGGAAGAUCGUGUCCUCACUACUUUUUGCAAUUAAUUUUUUUGUUUACCUUUACUUCACCACGAGUAUAUAUACGGAGAUUCCCCACACGCAUGCAUGGUUGGUCUCUCUGUCGCUUUUCCUGUCCAUUAGCACCUUUGGAUCGAAGGGUCUCAUUUUGGGUCCCCUCAUAGGAUCCAUUCCGCUCAUUUUACACCAGAUUGCCAUAAACAAGAAUAGGUCCACCAAGGGGAAGAAACGCAAGCGGAAGAGCAGGACGGAGAUGACUGCAUCGUGCACGCGGAGCGAACGUAGAUCGAGCAAAUCGAAAGGUGCACAGGAUGCACAGGGGGAAAUGUUCACCCCAACUGUGUCCCAAAAGUAUACACCCAGAAUGGAGUGCCGUCACGUGAAGAGGAAUACCCAGGAAAAACCAACCUCAGCUACAAAGGCGCCUCACCUGUUCGGCCAGGAAGUUCCCCCAAAUGGAAUCUCCCAAAUGGAACGAAAGAAAACCCUUUUAUGGAAAAACAAACUCAACAAUCUCUACAAGAUAAUCGAAAUAAAUAAAAGUGACAUCGACUCGUAUGAAAGGCAUACGCGCAGAAACAGCUGCAACCAGUGCAUGCAAAAUAUCCUUCCAAAUGGAUCCCUAAAUGAGCAGCAGCAUGGAUCCUACUUAGAUCUACACACAGAGGAGAACAAAUUAGCUCUCUACAUUUACAAGCGCGAUAGAUCUAAUAUAUGGGAAAGAAAAACCAACCACAAUCCUUUUUCCAAAGGGGGAAGCAAGGGUCGCUUUAAGCGUCACGUUCCUUCCAAAAGAGUUAGACGACAAGGCAGUCUGUGUGAUAACAUCCAGAACAACUUAAGUCAUUUGUUCAAGUCCAUAACAAGUGACUCCUGA